AUGGUCUCCUGCCACCAGACAUACGAGUUAGUCAAACCUCUUGAUCACUCAGAGAUCUCAGAAGAUGUUGCUACCAACCAUCAAGGCAACUUGCCGCGCUCGAGCCCGCCACUGAACGGCACUGACAAGCCUUCUAUAUAUGAGCCCAAAAAGCUACGACGAACACAAUACUUAUCGUCACUUGGACAAAUAUUGCUGACGAUUUUCCCUCUGCUUUUUAUCGCACUUACGGGGGCCGCAAUCUCCCUCGAUAAUAAGUCUACCUCUAAAACGGGCUUAAUAACCCAACAAGCAAUCGCUCUCUCACCAACCGUUUUCCCUAUUGUUUUUGCUGCGAUCGUGGGCAGAUUCUUUCGUUCGCUAGGACUACACUGGGCGGAGCGCGGUGUUAAAUUAGGGACGCUCGAGCGCCUCAUCGGCUCACAGACCCUUUUUUCUGCAAUCGAAAGGCAGGUGCUACUGAGAGGUCAAUAUGUUUUAGGGAUCUCAAUCAUAACUAUCUGGGCACUUUCGCCUCUCGGAGGACAGUCGGCUCUUCGGCUGCUUACAGUAUCUCCUGAAGUGUUUUCGACCAACACUACAAUUCGAUACUUGCCGAUCGUUCUAUCUUUGAAUACAGUCAUGUCCCCAGCCUUCGGGUCGAGAAGCCCUACAUCUAGCUGGUCACAGUGGGGCUCAAUAUUUAUGACUGCUGUCACAACUUCUUACCAAUACCAGAAUUCCUCUCAGGACUUGUUCGGCAACGUCAGAAUACCAAGCCUGGACUCUCUACCUUCAAUCUCGAACGAUUCAUGGACUGUGGUGAACCAUAGUGAGAGUACUCCUUACUCGUCUCUACUCGGGAUUCCCGUCGGGGGUCUUUUAGCCAACGGGACUAUUUCUUUCAAUUUAGUCAGUCGGUAUUUCGCCAUCCAAUGCAGAUCCUCUAAACACAUAAGUUCUGUUCCUAGAGCCGAUAGUCUGUUCUUGAAUACGUCUUCUCGUGAAAGCGCUGGGUCCUGGGCGUACAAGUUUGGGGGCUCUUUUGUGGUUCAGCUGACAUUUACAAGAAGGAACGGUUAUUUCAGCGAAACCUACAAUGAGACUAACAUUCCCUUCAACAUAACAUCUAUGAAUAACGGCGCUCCGUUAGAUGACCUGAGCUUUAUCGAUUGCUCAAUGGAACCUCAGGAUGUUGAAUCCUCAGUCCGGUGUGUCGAUCGACUUUGUAAGGUCACAGCAAUGAAGAAGCUUCCUUUGGGCUUUGACUCUUGGCGAUACGAAAGUUUGCUGGCUAUCGAACGAAGCUUUUGGUAUUUCCCAGUCUCUAUCUUGGCGGCUGUACCUGCUGGAAGCCUGAUGUCGAGCUCAAUCCUGGAGGUGUGGAUGCAAUAUCCAUAUACGGCUUUGUAUUCGCCGAGAUUUACCAACCUUUCCACGGUUUCUCUUCCAAUGCUAAGCCGCAACUUCGAGAAUCUUUUCAAUACCUACUGGCAAUCUACCUAUGGGUAUAAAUACCUGCAUGGAAAUCUCCACGCAGACGUUACGGAUAGUUCCUAUGACAACAUUACGGCAGGCCGAUUGAAGGGACCUGUCGAUUUCAACACAAGUCACGCACUGUCCACCAGGAUAAUCGGAGAGAAAUACCAAUGCAAUAUGACAUUCGCAGCUAUUCUGAUUGUUAUAUCAGGGUUGCUAGUUCUAGCUAGCCUAGCGACAAUUGCCCUGAUGAAUGCCACUCGUGCCCCGGACAUCUUGGGGUACAUGUCUUCAUUUCCGAGAGACAAUCCAUAUGCUACCUUUGAGCAGGCUUCAUACAUGGACGGAUUAGAGAGAGCUAGAGAAUUGAGAGAGAUGAAGAUUACGGUUGGGGAUGUGAGCCCGAGGGAGGAGAUUGGGCACAUUGCUUUUGCAGCAACCGUUGAGGUGCAGCGAUUAAAGGAGGAUAGGCUUUAUGAUUAA